GUCAUGGCGGCGCCUACGUGAGCCUCACUGUUCUGCUCUAAGGAAAACGACAGGGUCUGUUCUUUUUCAGUAGUGGAAGUGAUGUUUGUUUCAUAUUGACAACUUUAAAGCCAUUUGGAAGCAUUUCAGUGAAUAGCAAAAUGAAUAACAAAGCAGGUUUCUUUUUGUGGAACCUCAGACAAUUCAGUACUUUAGUUUCAACAAGCAGAACUGUGAAGCUAAAUCCUUUGGGAUUUUGCAGACCAGCUUUUGUUUAUUCAAACUGGAACCUAAGAAACCGCCUCUUAAAUGACUUUGAUAACAAAAUUCAACCAUCUAGAUCAUCUGUUAGAUAUCUCUUCCAAGAUGCAUUCAUUUUUAAUUUGGGAGCUGAUGGCUUUCAAACAAAGGGCAGAAGCAUGGUAACAGUUUUUACAGUUGACAGACAACUUUGUCCUAGAAGACUGUCCUUUGACUCAAGUCGUUCUCUUGUCUCCAUUGGUGCACACAGUAAAGGAUUCAACAAAGUAAACUUUCAUCAUGAAGUCUCCAAUGAAGAUGUUCUCACCAGUGAAACAAAACCAACCCCUGUCAGCGACAGAAAACUGUCUCAAGAGUAUAAUUCCCUGAGUGAUGUGUUGGAUGCAUUUUCAAAAGCGCCUACAUUUCCAAGUAGUAACUAUUUCACAGCAAUGUGGACAAUGGCCAAAAGGCUGUCUGCUGACCAGAAGCGUUGUGAAAAACAACUGAUGUUUAGCCACCCUGCGUUUAACCAGCUCUGUGAACAUAUAAUGAGGGAAGCCAAGAUUAUGCACUAUGACCACUUGUUGUUUAGUCUUCAUGCUAUAGUGAAGCUUGGGAUCCCUCAGAACACUCUUCUUGUACAGACUUUGCUGAGGGUGAUCCAGGAACGUAUCAAUGAGUGUGAUGAGAAAUGUCUUUCAGUUCUGUCAGCUCUUUUAGGGGCAAUGGAGCCAUGUAAGAAUGUGGAUGUUCUUCAAGCAGGAUUAAGAAUAUUAGUUGAUCAGCAAGUCUGGAAAAUAAAACGUGUCUUCACUUUACAAGCUGUGAUGAAAUGUAUUGGAAAAGAUGCACCAAUAGCUCUUAAAAGGAAACUCGAGAUGAAAGCCUUGAGUGAAUUAGACCGAUUUUCUGUUUUGAAUAGCCAGCGCAUGUUUGAGGCACUAGCCGCCAUGAAUCACCGUUCUGUUACACUCUUGAAUGAAUGCAGUAAGACGGUCAUUGAUAAUAUCCAUGGAUGUCCUCUUAAAGUAAUGCUGAACAUACUGCAGUCCUGCAGAGAUCUCCGAUAUCAUAAUUCUUAUCUCUUUGAGGGAAUAGCAGACUAUGUGGCUGCAACUUAUGACAUCUGGAAGUUGAAACAUGUUAUUUUUCUCCUUCUGUUAUUUGAAGACCUUGGUUUUCGACCUGUUGGUUUGAUGGACUUGUUAAUGAAGAAGAUAGAAGAGGAACCUGACUCCCUGGACCUGAAAAACAUCAUCUCCAUUCUUCAUGUGUAUUCUUCUCUCAACCAUGUCUGCACAUACCAGAACAAAGAACAGUUCCUAGAUGUGAUGGCUAGUGCUCUGACUGGUUGUCUUUACCACAUCUCUUCUGAAAACCUAUUAAAUGCUGUGCAUUCAUUUUGCUUAAUGAAUUAUUUGCCUCUCGCCUCUGUUAAUCACCUGUUCCAAAAGGAUGUCAUCAGUGAGCUGCUGAGAGCAGAUGACAUGGAGAGGAAUGUUCACAAGCUUCACGUUUUAGAGACUUGUAUAAAACUUGAUGAUACCCCUUAUCACAAGGCCAUAGACCUCACACUGCCACAGGUGCCAGCCGCUCCACCAGAUCCAAACACAAAGGUUGCAGAGGUGCUAAGUCGCCUUCUGGGUGGUGGAGGAUACUUCUCAAAAAAUGUGCAGCUGACACCUAUUUACUAUAUUGAUUUUGAAAUCAGAAUGGAUACCAACAGGAGUCAAGUGCUUCCAUUUUCUGACAUGGAUGCAACUUCUGCUACAGAUAUUCAAAGAGUAGCCAUGUUAUGUGUGCCUAGAGCUGCUUACUGUUUGGGUUCGAGCCACCCCAGAGGAUUUCUUGCUAUGAAAAUGCGGCAUUUGAAUCUAAUGGGUUUUCAUGUGAUCUUGGUUAAUAACUGGGAGAUGGACAAACUAGAGAUGGAGGAUGCAGUCACAUUUUUGAAGAACAAAAUCUAUUCAGUCAAAGCCCUUCCUACUGCUGAUACAAAUUUGCAAAGUGCAUGUUAAAGUAAAAAUCAGCCUUUUCACAUUAGGAUACAUGCAUUUGUCAAAAUGAAUAAAGAUUAUAAUGCAAUUGUCAGUGGAAUUGCUCUCUAUGUCAAAAAAUAUUUCUUAUGUUCAUUGUUAAAUUAAUUUUAAGAAUGGAA